AUGGCAUCCUUGAUUCUGCUGCUCGUUCCCUUCUUGUCUCUGGUCGUGUUGCUUCUGUCACGAGCACUUGGAUCUCGUAUCAAUCGUCCAAAGAAUGGCUCUGCACCAGAUCUUCAGAUAGAUCAUUGCGUAGAGGAGAAAGCGCCAUACCGCGACAUUGAGCCGCUGGAGGAUUUCGAUUGGACUUCUACACCACCCAUUCAAAAUGCUCCUUUGAAGCCAAAGUAUCACUUGACGAUGGGUAGGAUAUACGUUCAACUCAUCGAUCGCCAUGAGUUUGCUAAUGGUUCUUACCAGCGCUGGAAACCAUCAGCAUUUCGGAUCUCAUAGCCAUGGAUAACACCUACGCCGCUCGAAUGAAAAUCCGUCGCGAGAUCAUGCGCGAGAACCUGGAAGCUGCACUCCAAUGUAAUCCAGUUUGCGAGCCCGCGGUUCUUGAACUAUACGACUGGAUGGUCAAUACAUACCUCCCUACUCGCUUUCCUGCCAUUUACACCCGCAGCGAGAAAGGCAUGUUCAACACCGUCAACAACGAAAUUCUCCCUACAUCACCACCCUCCGCGCUUUCCGCCUUGAACACCCUCGGCGCCCACGUCGACACGGAUUUCCUCCUCCUUCUCCCCUCAUCAAAAGCACCCGACGGAUCCCCCAUCUACCAUCUGGAAGCUUUCGUGGCCUGUUUCCCCUCUGGUUUCAGCACGCGCAAGAAAUUGGGACUCCCCCUUGCGGAGAUCCAUUCUCCUGUGCCGGGCUACAGGGCGAAAUUGGAGAAAUCAAUGGAUCGAUUCUUCGCGAGGGUGGAAGUGGGAAAAGUCGUCAAGCGCUCGAAUUGGGCUCUGACGACAGACGAUCGGCUCUUCGCGGAAGGGGGCAGUCAUUUGUAUGAGAAUGGGACUACAGACGGUGACGUGAUGGAAUCUCAGGAAUCCGAGAUUGACUUGCAGGCGGAUCUUCAAGCCCAGAAAGAUGCGGUGCAGGUUGAAGAUUGUCGGCUGAGAUCGGAACGACAAGUGCUCUUCCGCCUUGCGAAGACGAAGGCGCUGGUUUUUGCGACUAAGACAUACCAGUAUCGGUUGGAAGAGGUCAAGGAGGAUGGGUAUGGGGAGGUAUUGGCGGAAGCGAUGGAGGGGCUGGCGAAGGGUAAUGUGCCGGAGAUGGAGUUUUACAAAAGGGGGGUUGUCUGGGGGGAGAAGGUUGUGGGGUAUUUGAGGAGUUGAGGGAAAGUAUUUGAUGGAAAGGCGUGAAGUUGUCGGUCAGGUAAAGGGAGACAUGUUGGCGGAUAGGUCCCUUACAAACCGAAAGACGCUGCUUCACGCACAACAAACGCCUUAGCUUUUCCGAAUCCGUUGGCAACUUCCCUCGUCCUCGUGGUAAAACCGAGAUAAGGCAUUCGGGCAUAUUCUCGCCAUAAGUUCGGGAAUGGCCGCCAGUUGACUCAUGCGUUGGCACGAGUCUAAGUGAAUGUUUGAAAAGCGUUUUCAAUCAAAGCGGGGCAGGAUGAGGCAAUCAAAACAGCCCCGCGCUGGGCAGGUUGUCUGCGGCGGAACCCUGACGAAACCUUAGCAAGAAACUCAGCAACCUCUGUACCUGACCGUGUCACACUUCCCUACCUUUCCCUUACCUCGAAAUCGACCACACGUCUGCAUCUGCAUCUGCAUCUGCAUCUGCCUAGCGCGAACACCGGAACCACCAACAACUACGAACCCUCUUCUUCUCGCUUUUCCUUCGACACUACCAAAUCCCUCCGUACAGAGACCGCCGCAAACAUGUCUUGGCAAGGCAAGUCCCCAAACAAUCCACCCUGCUCGAGCGCAUCCCGCAUGGCGUCGCGCCUCAUCUCGAUCCUCGGGACGAGAAAGAAACCCACGAGAAGAGAGCACUCCGCUAACAGGUUCUGCAUCAUACAGCAUACGUCGAUCAGAGGUAAACAGAAUCCCUCCCCUUCACCGCCGACCGCCAUCACGACUUCGGAAAAAGACGUACUGAUUAGAGAAACGUCCACAGCCUUGUCGGCACAGGCAACGUCGACAAAGCCGCCAUCUUCAGCGCCGACGGCACCGGCGUCUGGGCCACCUCGGCCGGCUUCACCGUCACGCCGCAGGAAAUGCAAGAAGUCGUCAACGCCUACAAGGACAAGGCGGAUGUGAAGCAGAUUCAGAGCACGGGGAUCCACAUCGCCGGGGAGCGCUAUGUGGUGUUGAAAGCGGAGGAGAAUAGCAUUUAUGGGAAGAAGGUGAGAGGGAGAUCAGAGGCAUACAUACGUCGUGUGCUGGGAGUGGAGGCGCUGACAUGGUGUUUGUUUAGGGCAAGGAGGGCGUCAUCAUCGUCAAGACCCAACAGGCGAUUCUUGUCACACACUACCCGGAGAACGUCCAGCCUGGAAAUGCUACCAAUACCGUCGAGCAGCUGGGUGACUAUCUCAAAUCGGUCGGCUACUAA